AUGGAUAAUGAAGAAUCCGUCAAAAUAAAGAGAAUAGGAAAAGAUUUAACCGUAGAUGAUUCCGCGGAAGAGGUCGAGUUCCAUUUGUCGAGAAUCAAAUACAUAGAAAACUUAAAUCACUUAAAAAACUUAAAGAAGCUGUCUCUUGUGUCAAAUAUCAUACACAAAAUAGAGAAUCUUGAUGAAAAUACAGCACUAGAACAUCUAGAUCUCUACCAAAAUCGAAUAAAACACAUAGAAAAUCUAGAAAACUUAACUAACUUGAGGAUUCUGGACCUCUCAUUUAACGAAAUUGACAAAAUCGAAAAUCUUGGAAAUUUAGAUAAACUAGAACAACUGUACCUCAGCAAUAAUAAAAUCUCUGAGGCGUCAAACUUGGCCCAUUUUAAGAAUCUGACCCUCCUAGAGCUAGGCUCUAAUAAGGUCAGAGACUACGGAGAUGUAAAGCACCUACAAACACUAAACGCUCUAUGGCUAGGAAAGAACAAGUUGACUUCAAUGGCGAUUCCUGAGCUCCCAAACCUGGAAAAGUGCAGCAUACAGAACAACAGAGUGAGGGAGUGGGAUGAGUGUGUAGUAAAAAAUCUCCCGAAUUUGAGGGAGUUCUACCUCAGCUGUAACAAACUCACAGAAAUACCAUCAUUCAUAUCAUAUAUGCCACAUCUUCUCAUAUUGGACCUUGGAAACAACAGAAUUUCUAAGAUACAACCAUUACCUGAGAAUAACACGCUUGAGGAGUUAUGGUUGAAUGAUAAUCAAAUCGAUACUUUGAGUGACGUGAAGGCUCUAGGUUCACUCAAAGCACUCAAAGUGCUUUAUUUGGAAAGGAAUCCACUCCAGUUCAAGCUUGGUCCCAGUUAUCGCAGCAGAGUCCUGGACAUUCUCCCAAAUCUAACUCAACUGGACGCAAUACCCACACAUAAUAGAGUGUAUUAAUUUCCACAAUAAUUCACAUAGCAAUAAUUUUUUGUAUAUAUUUAAAAAA